AUGGAACAGGUCGCAGAUUCAAGACCAGCGCGGGGUGAUGUAAGUAGGAACGCAGCGGUAGCCACGACACAAACGACCGCUGUCGAUGAUGCUUCGUCACCGGGUUAUAAAAAGAAUGAUCAUGGAGGCCCACAACAGAUGAACAAGCGGAGUUUGGAUUAUGUAUUAAGGAGUGGACUUGCGGGGGGUGUGGCGGGGUGUGCGGCGAAAACGAUGGUUGCGCCGCUUGACCGCGUCAAAAUCCUUUUUCAGGCAUCGAACCCGCAGUUCGCUAAGUAUACAGGCAGCUGGUCUGGCCUGUUAUACGCAGUUCGGGACAUUAAUCGUCACGAAGGGAGGAGAGGCUUGUUUAAAGGUCAUUCUGCGACACUUCUCCGCAUUUUCCCUUAUGCCGCCAUCAAGUUUCUCGCAUAUGAACAGAUCCGAGCGGUGAUAAUCCCGUCGCGAGAUAAGGAAACACCGUUCCGCCGCUUGAUUUCCGGGAGUUUGGCGGGGAUGACAUCGGUUUUCUUUACGUAUCCGUUGGAGUUGAUUCGAGUACGAUUGGCUUUCGAGACUAAGCGAUCUUCUCGCUCUUCCUUCACGGACAUUUUCCGACAGAUCUACCGCGAGCGGGUUUCGCCGCCUUCCGUACCAAGCGGACUGUCGUCCAGCUCCUCAGCCUCAGCUGCAGCCACUGCCACGGCCGAAGUCUCUUCUGCUGUGAAUAAAGUCGUUCCUAGCUCUGGACUGGCGAAUUUCUAUCGUGGAUUCACGCCUACCCUCAUGGGAAUGCUUCCAUAUGCGGGAGUGUCUUUCCUUACGCAUGACACCGUUGGUGAUUGGCUUCGGUCACCGGCACUCUCUCAAUAUACAACUAUUCCGGGAUCUGAAUCUCAGUCCAAGAAAGGUUCACAUCGCACUCAACUGACCGCCGCGGCGGAACUUUUCUCUGGGGCCGUUGCCGGCCUUGUCUCUCAGACGUCAUCAUACCCGCUGGAGGUCAUUCGGAGGCGAAUGCAAGUAGGAGGAGUAGUGGGCGAUGGUCAUCGACUAGGAAUAGCCGAGACCGCCCGGACGAUCUGGCUCGAGCGAGGCUUCCGGGGGUUCUGGAUUGGUCUGAGCAUUGGAUACCUCAAGAUCAUUCCCAUGACAGCCACGAGCUUUUUCGUGUACGAGCGGAUGAAGUGGUCCUUGGGAAUCUGA